UAAAUCUCAAGAAACAAGAACAAGAACAAUAGUAGACUACUACUCUUUACCAAGAAUAAUAUAUCAACAUACAUAGUACUCUUCUUGGAAGGCAAGGAACAUGAAUCAAGAAACUGCGAGUAACCUUGAACUUGAUCUGAAACUAAAUAUUUCACCAUCGUUGGAUUCAUCUUUGGUCACCGAGAGCUCAUCUUCAUCGUUAUGCUCGGAGGAAGCUGAGGGUGGAGGAGGAGAGGCUAAAUCAAUGGUGGUCGUUGGUUGCCCUAAUUGCAUCAUGUACAUCAUCAUCUCUUUAGAGAGUGACGACCCUAGAUGCCCUAGAUGCAACAGCCAUGUUUUGCUUGAUUUUCUCACAGGAAACCAUAGCAAGAAGAAUCAUCAGCAUCUUCCAAAGAAGAGGAAGAGAGGGGAAAGUAGGGUUUUCAGACUGAAGACGUUCGGAGAGUCAGGACAUCCAGCUGAGUUGAACGAGUUGUCUUUUCGUGACAACCUCGCGAAACUACUUGAGUUUGGUCACUUUGAGAGCUCCGGUCUCAUGGGAAGUUGGUCUUUUCAGCUCGAGAUUCAACGCCACCCAAAUCCUCUUUAUGUGCUUCUCUUUGUAGUAGAAGAGCCCAUCGAAGUCUCUCUCAACCUCCGUUGCAACCAUUGCCAAUAUGUUGGUUGGGGAAACCAAAUGAUAUGCAACAAGAAGUACCAUUUCGUGAUCCCCUCAAAGGAAACAAUGGCCGCCUUUCUAAAACUGGAAGGUGGAGGCUACACUUUUCCUGAAAAGGAAAGUCUCUCCCAUUUGGUGGAGCUUCAAGGCCAUGUCCUUCACGGCUUGUUUCACUCCAACGGAUUUGGUCACUUGCUCUCUGUCAACGGCAUUGAAACGGGCUCCGACUUAACCGGUCAUCAAGUCAUGGAUUUGUGGGACCGGCUCUGCACCGGUUUAAAGGCCAGGAAAAUAGGGUUGAAUGAUGCAUCGCACAAAAGAGGAAUGGAGCUGAGGCUGCUGCAUGGGGUAGCAAAAGGAGAGCCAUGGUUCGGUCGUUGGGGCUACCGGUUUGGGUCAGGGACAUACGGAGUGACUCAAAAGAUUUACGAGAAGGCACUUGAAUCUGUCCGUAACAUACCCUUGUGCUUGCUUAACCAUCACCUAACCAGCCUGAACCGAGAAACUCCAAUCCUCUUGUCAAAGUACCAAAGUUUAUCCACCGAGCCAUUGAUCACUCUCAGUGACCUCUUCAGGUUCAUGCUUAAUCUCCAUUCGCGUCUUCCAAGAGAUAACUACAUGAAUAACUCCCGAAACCAAAUCAUCUCCAUUGAUAGUACCAACUGCAGAUGGUCUCAAAAACGGAUCCAAAUGGCUAUCAAAGUGGUCAUAGAGUCACUGAAAAGAGUCGAAUACCGAUGGAUAUCGAGACAAGAAGUGAGGGACGCAGCAAGAAACUACAUAGGGGACACUGGUUUGCUUGAUUUCGUGUUGAAGUCGCUCGGGAACCAGGUGGUUGGAAACUAUUUGGUCCGACGUAGUCUAAAUCCGGUGAAGAAAGUGCUAGAGUAUUGCUUGGAGGACAUAUCAAAUUUGUUACCAAGUAGUAACAAUGAACUCAUAACCCUUCAAAAUCAAAACUCAAUGGGGAAGAUGGCGACAAACUGUCACAAUAAGAUCACAAGAGGUCAAGUGAUGAAAGACAUGUUUUAUUUUUACAAACACAUUCUCAUGGACUACAAGGGAGUUGUAGGCCCCAUAGGAAGCAUAUUGAACCAAAUCGGAAUGGCUUCAAGAACAAUCCUCGAUGCUAAGUACUUCAUCAAAGAGUAUCACUACAUGAUUAGAGAUACAUCGGCGAAAACACUACACUUAGAUCGAGGGGACAAACUAGGAAUAUUCUGCACGAUCGCGUGGAAAUGUUAUCAUCAUAACAACGAGAUAAAAAUUCCUCCACAAGAAUGCAUAGUGGUGAAGAAAGAUGCAACAUUGAGUGAAGUGUAUGGAGAGGCAGAAAGAGUGUUUAGAGAGAUCUAUUGGGAACUAAGAGACGUCGUGGUGGAGUCAGUGGCGGAUGGUCAAAGAGAGAUCACAAGGGUCGAUGAAAUGGCCAUGAAUUGGAAUAAAGGAUUGGUGUUAGAAGGGAACGUUGGAAUGAUGAUGAACAUUGAAGUGAUGAAAUGUUAUGAAGAUGAUGAUAAAAAGAAGGAUAAAAGAAUUGAGUGUGAGUGUGGAGCAAAGGAAGAAGAUGGAGAGAGAAUGGUGUGUUGUGAUAUAUGUGAAGUAUGGCAACACACAAGGAUGUGGAAACUUGGUCUUAGAAACUCAGCUGGUGCCAUUGUUCAAGCAGAGAAGCGGGUUCGGUUACUGUCCUCAUUGGUGAUGUCGUCUCCAUACCUGUUGAAUACGAAAGAUGCUUUGCCAGGAGGACGCUCUUCAAUGAAUAUUUACGAUCCGAGGAAAGAAGAGAUGGUAAUACCGAACCAGGGGAUGAUGACGUAUCCAUCACGUUACAUAGGAUCGUCUAGAGGGUGGGUUGGUUUCAUUAAUUCUAAUGAUCCCAGAAGCCUCUAUCUCACCAACAUGUUCAAUCACAAAGUCAUAUCCUUGCCUCCUAUGGAGCCUGAUUGUGCUGAUAAUAUAAUUAUCAACAUGUCGCUCUCCUCUUCCCCUGAUGACUCAUGUGUUGUGGCUAUCAAGUUUUUUGGAGGUCGGAUGUGUUUCUGUAGGCCUGGUGACUCAGCCUGGACCAAAACGGAAACUUCUUCAAAACUUUUGGAUUGCUCCAGUGUCCUCUACUCCAACCGUGAUUCCAAGUUUUACUUGACAACCUUUAGGCUUGUCUCCAAGCUUCACUUCACUGCCAUCAAAUUUGAUGCUAGCAAGUACAAGCCUCUGGGUCACCAAGAUUUCCCUGAGGUGACUUAUUACCACAAAUUUGACCGUCUCAAGUUGCCUGAUUUGCUAUGGUCGGAGUUUGAGCUGCUAGAGUCUUGUUUCCACACUGAACACUUGGUGGAGUCGCCUACCGGCGAAGUUUUUGACAUCAUGUGGUUUAUUCAGCUCUCCCACGAAUUUGAACUAAUCAGCGGAAUCGUCGAAGCUUACCCAUUCAUCUCCAUGGAUACAGAAUUCCCCGGCGUGAUUUUCAAGGCGGAUCUCGCCGUUCUCCGUCUUGGAAACCCUAAUUAUCUCUACAAUCUUCUCAAAUCCAACGUCGAUGCUCUAAGUUUAAUCCAAGUCGGUCUUACUCUCUCUGACGCCGACGGAAACCUCCCCGAUCUCGGCGUUCAAAACCGUCGAUUCAUCUGGGAAUUCAAUUUCCGUGACUUCGACGUGGAGCGUGAUCCACACGCGCCUGAUUCCAUCGAGCUUCUCCGUCGUCACGGGAUCGAUUUCGAGCGGAACCGUCGCGAAGGUGUUGAAUCGGGGAGGUUCGCGGAGCUGAUGAUGUCAUCGGGAUUGAUCUGUAACGAGUCUGUGAGCUGGGUGACGUUUCACAGCGCGUACGAUUUCGGUUAUCUUGUGAAGAUUCUCACGCGCCGGGAGCUUCCGGUGGCGUUGCGUGAGUUUUUACGGUUGCUUAGAGCUUUUUUCGGUGAUAGGGUUUAUGAUGUGAAGCAUAUUAUGAGGUUUUGUGAGCAGAGGAGAUUGUACGGUGGUUUGGACCGGGUUGCUCGGUCGCUUGAGGUUAACCGGGCGGUUGGGAAAUGUCAUCAAGCCGGUUCGGAUAGUUUGCUGACGUGGCAGGCGUUUCAGAGGAUGAGGGAUUUGUAUUUCGUUGAGGAUGGGGCGGAGAAACACGCCGGAGUUUUGUAUGGUUUAGAGGUUUUUUGAGGAACUUAAUUAAUCAUUGUUGUUAUU